CUCUCAUCAGCGUUGUUCAUAAAAUGUUGACUGAUGGAGGUUCAGAGCCGUAGAAGAAAGCCACGAGGAAUGACGGAGGAAAUUAUAUAAACCUCCUUUUCAAUUAUCUCAUCUUCUUCACCCAUUCUUUCUUUCUUUCUUUCUUUCUUCAAUCCACUUUUAGGAAUCGAGGAGAAUGGCGAUACAACAACAAGGAACCACCGCCUGCCUUCUCGAUUCCAAUGGCGCUGUUCGAGAUACAAGAAGGGAAUCAGCGUCUCACAAGUUCCCUCUUACAUCGUGGGAGUUGGCGGUGGCUUGCAGUGUCGUUUUCACUUUCGUUUUAGGGCUUCUCGGAGUCUAUCUAACCAUGCCCUCUUCAGAUUAUAGCUUUCUUAAGCUUCCUCGCAGCCUAGAAGAUCUGCAAAUCCUCCGGGAUCAUCUAGAGAGUUAUACAAGUGAUUACACAAUCCAAGUCCUUGUUGGAUACUGCAUCGUCUAUAUUUUCAUGCAAACAUUUAUGAUUCCUGGAACUGUUUUCAUGUCAUUGUUGGCUGGUGCGCUUUUUGGAGUUCUCAAAGGUCUGGUCUUGGUUGUGUUUUGUGCAACUUCUGGUGCUUCAUCUUGCUAUUUCUUAUCCAAAAUGGUUGGCAGGCCUCUUGUAUUGUCCCUAUGGCCCGACAAGCUUAAUUUCUUUCAAGAACAGGUUUAACCUAAUCUUAAUAUCUUGUGAGCAAUACGAGGCAUGUAUUAGAGGAGUAGAGUAUGACGAUUCUAAUUUCUUUUACAGAUAGCCAAGAGAAGUACAAGCUUGCUGAACUACAUGCUUUUCCUAAGAUUGACACCAACAUUACCAAAUACAUUUAUUAAUGUUGCUUCGCCAAUUGUAGACGUGCCUUACCAUAUUUUCUUUGCAGCCACUGUUAUUGGAAUUAUACCCGCUUCUUACGUGACUGUAAAGGCGGGAUUAGCAAUUGGUGAGUUACGAUCAGUUGGUGAUCUAUACGAUAUAAACUCAAUAGCCACAAUGUUCCUCAUUGGCAUCUUAUCGGUUAUCCCAACACUGAUGAGCAAGAGCAAGUCGUCCUAGGUUAGGUUUGACACACAAACACACACGGAAGGAAGGAAGGAAAUAACCCUCUAUAGCCAUGGGAUUAAGAAAUCAUUAUCAUCCUUUUAAAAUACUGCCACUGUUUUGCUUAUCAAUAAAAUUAUGAUAUAAAAGAGAUGAUUUUCAUGUGCUGAUUUCAUUUUAUCUUAUUGGACAGUUAGUUUGAACAACAAAAAUGUAUAUAACUGUUUAUGCAAUUAAAUUAUCUUUAUUUGUUUGU